AUGACUUUCAAUUUGAUAGAAUAUAUUUGUGGCCUUGCUUGCAACGACUCUUUUGACGGUGAAAAUCUGUACAAUAAGCUCGCAAAGCCAUUCUAUUUGUCCAACACGGCUUCUCUGCAGCCAAAGGACCAUCCAUCCCCGGUCUCGCUGUCUCUUUCUUCGUAUUCUUCUAGGCUGAAAGCCAGAAAGGCUGCAUGUGCGGCAAUUGCAUCACUGUCGUUUCAGGAUGUCGAGCCCCUCCAUUCGCUUUGGUGCACAUAUGUAUCGAAGCUAUUUAGCAUCCCGCCAUCAAAGCCUAAUAGGUCAAUCUCAACAUCUUGGUUGACACCUGACGAUCUGACCAAAUCUAGUCGCAUGGAUCUGCAUGGCGCAUAUGUCACAAUCAAAGCAUCUAGAUGUGCAGCCCAAGUUGGAAAGGCAGGUAAUGAUACGGAUUCCCAAGGAAGGAACAUUGUUCGAAUGUGCUCUUCCAAUUGCAGGAAAGGAAAGUCUUUAUACAAUUUUGAUUUUUGGAAGCCAAAUCGCGCGGGUCAGUGCCGUGGAAAGGGCCGUGAAAAAGUUCAAAAGGAAAUAAAUAAACACAAGCAAAUUGAUGCAGAUGGCGGCCAUUGGGGAUCAAUUUGUAUCUUUAAUACCCUCUGCGGAAAGGAGUACAAUUUGUCGUCUCUUGAAAUAUGCAACAUCUCUUCCGUGGUGGAGCUGAAAUUUCUGGUCUCUUCAGACACUACUAGCUGUGAGCUGAUUCCACCAGAUCAUCAAAUUCUGAUUUUACAAAAUGGCUGUCAUAUUAAAGAUUCGGAUUUGAUAGCAAACAGCCAAUUUUUGACUGUUUUCUUAUUUGAUAAGCGCGUACUUUUACGUGAUCAAAAGUCAAUUUCAAAUGCCAGCCACAUUGAGCAGCUGGGCACCACACAUAAGCACCACAUUCAAAUUAUUGAAAGUAAAUUCCAACUUUUGCUCAAAUUUAGUUCCAAUGGACCCAGAAGAGCCUCCUUCGAUCGACAAUGGCAUGGCAAUUGUAACUACACUAGAUUCAUCAAAGAAAAAAAUGUAAAUGCAAGCUCCUAUUUGGAAACAACAGGAUGCAACAAAUUGAUAAUCCGGGAGGCUGUGUUGGCAGAAAAGAUUUUACAAUUACCCUCCGUGAUUGAAGAGAGCCUGUCAAGCUUUCAGCAGAUUAUAAAGGAAAAUUCGGCUGUUUUGUGUGAUGCUAAAGAGCAAUAUGCAAAAGCUGGACCUUCCAUGGAAAGCAACAAGAUCGUAUAUGAUGACAGCAAAGCCCUUCUCAUUGAUCUUGUAAAGGCCAAGAAUGCCAUUGCCAUUCUGCUGCAAGUUGAGGGGUCCAUUUCAUCAUGUACAAGCAUUCAGGAAAAAUUGGUUGAGGCCAAUGGAGAAUACGCGGCAGCACAGUCAUUGGCUGUUCCGUCGUCACAGAAUGACAAGCCGCUGAAUUUAUUGAACACAUCGCCCCCUAAUUCAUUAAGCAUCACUGAGCUGCUGCAAAUAAUUCACUCUCUGUCGGACAUCAAUGAGACGCUGAGCAGGGAAAAUAGGGAAUUAAAAGGAAACAUUGCCCACUUCACAUCUAAUUUGAAAAUCGUCGUUAAAGAGUAUGCCCAAAACCUCGAUCUAAACAUGCAAGACAUCGAAAAAAUUCUGUCGAAAAGCUCAAUUCUCAAUGGAUCUGUAGGCGAAUCUCCAGAAAGCUCAACUGAGACCAUUACUCCGGAUUCUUUGCUUGUGGCAAUCGAAAGCCUUCUUAUAAGAAAAAAAACGAUGCUUCAAAAGGGCUCUGGAGGCCCCCAUUCUUUAAAUGCCAUCAAAAGCAGGCUGGUUGAUAUUCUUGAGGGACGGCCCUUGUCUCCCUUUGAAAAAGGUUUUCCCUGCACUUUCAUCAAUAGACUAUGA